AUGGUGACUUCGAUUGUUACACUCACGGCAUUUCUUGCUGUUGGAUUGGUGUCUGCCUCUCCUAUUAAAGCUCGUACUCCAUACGCUGUGAAGGAGACUCACAAUCCACCUCCUCAAUGGCAGAGAGUAGGACCGGCGCGUGCCGGAAAUUUGAUCAAUCUUCAAAUUGGUUUGAAGCAAGGUCAAUUUGAUGAAUUAGAACGUCAUCUUUAUGAAGUCUCUGACCCUUCUCAUCACCGUUACGGCCAGCAUCUUAGUGCCCAAGAGGUGAAUGAUCUUGUUAAGCCUUCCGAUGAGACUCACAAUCUCGUCCAUGAAUGGCUUCAAGACAACAACAUUGAAGGGAGCUCUCUUGAAUAUAGUCCCGCCAAGGAUUGGAUCAAAAUUACCAUCCCAAUAGAGGGUAUCGAAACCCUCCUAGAUACCGAAUAUUCUACUUAUCAACACGAAGAUGGAGAAUACAUAGUUCGAACUCCAGAAUGGUCUCUGCCUCUUCAUCUCCACGAUCACAUUGAGACAAUCCAACCUACAAAUUCUUUCUUCAGGCCCCGCGCUAUAGCAAGUACAUUAAAGAAAGUCAACCAAGUCGCCGAAUACCAAGCUUUAGCACCAUCUAAUUACAAACCACCUACCGGACAUACUGCAGCAGAUGUAUGCAAUGUCUCAUCUGUCACACCACUCUGCCUUCGAACUCUUUAUGGCACCAUUGACUACAAGGUUCAAGCUGCCAACAAAAAUAAGAUGGCUCUUACAGACUAUCUCGGUGAAUCCAACAAUCGAUCUGAUACCAAGCUUUUCCUUGAACAAUACAGACCUGAAGCAGCUUCGGCAGCAUAUAGCUUUGAUGUUCAAAUCAUUAAUGGAGGUAAUGAUGAGCAAACGCAAGAAAAUGCCACUCAACUCGCAGCUGGCAAAGAUCUCGAAGGAAAUUUGGAUUCGGAAACUAUGCUCGGAAUUGGUUACCCUACUCCAUUGAUCGCUUAUACGACCGGUGGUUCUCCGCCUUUUACUCCAGAUGUGCAAACACCCACUGAUAACAACGAACCAUACCUUGUAUGGUUACAAUACAUGCUCAGUCAAAAGGAUCUUCCAGGAGUAGUAAGUAACUCAUAUCAAGAUACUGAGCAAACAGUCCCAUACUCUUAUGCCGUUUCAGUCUGUAAAGGCUUUGCACAAUUAGGCGCGAGAGGUGUCUCUGUUUUAUUCGGGUCUGGAGAUAAUGGAGUAGGAUCAGAUGGUACAUGUGUCUCGAAUGUCGACAAUAGCACGACUUUCCUUGCUAUGUUUCCUUCUACAUGUCCUUACGUUACAUCAGUUGGUGGUACCAAAUUCAUCAACCCUGAGGUCGUCGCUACUGAUAGUAGAAAUGGAUAUGUUUCUGGUGGUGGAUUUUCUCGUUAUUUCCCUCGUCCUUCUUGGCAAGAUGCUGCCUUAAAACCAUACCUCGCCUCCCUACCGAAGAACAUCACCCAAUUUUUCAAUGCGACAGGUCGUGGCUUCCCUGAUAUUGCAGCCCAAGGUUAUGCUUAUAUCACUGUUUGGAAUGGUACUGCCGUUCAUCUUGAUGGUACUUCGGCUGCCACCCCAACAGCUUCUGCAAUACUCGCUUUAGUUAACGAUGCAUUAAUAGCAGCAGGAAAGCCAAGACUAGGUUGGUUGAAUCCAUGGUUAUAUAGCAAAGGAUUUAAAGCUUUCACCGAUGUUACCACUGGAAGUGCAAGUGGUUGCGGUACCGAUGGAUUUCCAGCAACUAAGGGCUGGGAUGCGGCUACUGGUUUUGGAACUCCUUAUUUCCCAAAGAUUAAAGAUUUAGUUCUGGGUUCGAGCGGUUAUGGACACAACUAA